AUGGCUACUGGACAAGAGAUGAUCCGCCUCAGUAAGAAUGUUCCGGGGUCUCGUCCUAAGAUGAGAUUUCCACUUCCUGUCCGAGAGCAACAAAUAGGCUUUCGCACUUCCGUUGAGACAUCAAUCCCUAGCGACCUCGGUAGUGCAGCUUCAUCACCUCUCAAUUUCCUCGCUUUGCUUCGGGACCCUAGCUAUGAUAACAUAGAUAGAAGAGAGAAGACAGGAAUCAGACUGGAACGAAUAAGAACGGAAAGGAAGACAAAGGGGAGAGAUAAGAGGAGCGGGAAAGGCCAGACUUAUCAGACAACUUUGGGGGUAUACAUAGGGGCGACGGAACAAGAGGGGGGAUGGUUCCCCCUCCUGGACCUCCCCCUCCACACCGCUACGGACUAG